AUGGCAGAAACAAUUCUUUCUAACGAGCCAAAUCAUGAUACUUCAGAAACCUCAAAACCUACAUCAAAACCUCAAACUUCUACUGAAAGUAAACGAUCUUUGCGUAGAAAUCGUCCCGGAACUAAACAUGAAGAUGCUUACCAAUUUCCUUAUAUUUCACUAGAACAAAUUGAUUCUGCUUUUGCGUUACAAGAAUAUCUACAGUCAUUGAUAAGAGCUGACAAAGAUAACCUGGAUGCUCUAGUAGAAUUACCUCCGGGACAAGAUCAAGAGACUUGGCAAUAUGAGCAUUUGAGGCAAUUAUGUCUCGAACUUAAUUAUCUGGUAGUUCAACUGGAAGCUGAAUGCACUCGUCAGUCUUGCCCCGAGAUGAAAGCUGAUGAAUGGCAAUACCUUUGCGCUGCACACCAAGCUCCAACGAAUUGUUGUGCGAUUGAUUAUAUUGUACAUACGUUAGAUGGAGCAACGACUUUAUUAAACAGUCACAAAUAUUUUCCGAGCAGGAUAUCCAUUCCUGAGACAUCACUGAAACAUUACCAGUCUAUCGCAAGACGACUUUACCGAAUAUUCGCACAUGCAUGGUUUCAUCAUCGAGAAAUAUUCGAAGCUUUCGAGAAUGAGAAUAUGUUAUAUGCGCGUUUCUUGAAGCUUUCCGAUCGUUAUGAAUUAAUCGCAAAAAACCUUUUGAUUAUCCCAUAUAACAAUAACUUUGAUGACAGCAGUAACAAUGACAAUCAUAUUAACCACAAUAAUAAUUGUGACGAUGUCUUGACACCAUCCAUGGAAUAA